AUGGAAAAACUACACACUAUAAAAACGACUGAAAGACCUUUGGGAGGAUUAUAAGAAGGCUUCAAAUUUAUCAGAGGAUCCCCAGACACUAAAAAAGUAAUGUGUAUUUUUAUGGAAAGAUUCCAACAAUUCCUUGAAUAGGCGAACAUAACAAUUAAGAAUUUUUUAAAAAGCAAUGAUCAGCAACUAGAAGUCAUCCUGGGUGAUGCUAAUUAAGUGUUGGUUGUGAUAUUGGAUUAUUUGAAUAAAUUUCCGGAAAUAUAAAAAAGAAACGCGGACUAAGGGCAAUUAGUUUAAGAUAUAAUGGAAUAGUGUAUUUAAUUGGCAGAAUAAAUUUUAAGAGAACCAAAGUAUCGCAAAAGUGUCGAAAAUUCUCAUAAUGUCUUGUCCGACUUUCUAAAUUUAAUUGAAAAAGCACAGAAGACUGAAUCCAAGGUUCUCAUCAUAAAGCUGAUUGUUUUAUUUUCAGAGAAUCUCAAUUAGAGGAUUGAAUUUUUUGAAUAAUAAGGAUUCCACAAAUUGCUUUCAAUUUUAAUGAACAAGGAUCCGCAACUUAAUCGCGUAAUAUCGAAGGCUCUCUUGCAUUUUUUGCUCAUUGAAGAUAUAAAUCAAGUAGUAAUAUGCAAUGUUGAGGAUGGACAAGAAUAAACUAUAAAAUAAAAAUUUAGUAAAAUAGCCGUGUCAUUGAGAUCUUUUGCAUUUCAAGAAUUGUCAAAGGUGUUCCUUCCUACUCAAAACAAUAAAUAAUUAAGCAUAAAGUAGUUUUGUGUUGAAAAGAAGGAAAUCCUAACAUUAUCACAAGCCAUUGAAUAACAAAUAAGUUUGUAAUCCAUUUUUGAAGUGGAUUUAAGUUACUACAUGAAUUCAUAAUCAAUAAGCAGAUCCACUUCAGAUUAGGAUCAGAAUAAAAAUGAAAUUUAUGAGAAAAUCAUUAGCAUAAGUAGCACACCUCCAGACAAACUGGCCUUAUCAUAAACCUAAUCUGAAAGGUCUCAAUCUGAAGACAUACUUAAAGAAUUCCAAGUACUCUAAGGAGGAUUCAAAGCCAUUUUGGAAACACUUGAAAAGGCAACGUCCGAAGUUUAAGUGGAUUUGCUUUAAACCGUUCAGCAGAUCCUUUAAAAUAAUGCUAGAAAUAAAAUUGAGUUUAAAAGAGUCAAUGGUUAUCAAUUACUAAGUGAUUUUAUUACUAAUAAGGAUUAAUAGGAUGAGCAAUUUUAAUAGUAAUUCUACAAUUUCUUAAAAUAAAUAUCAACAACAGAUUCUGAGAUUGAUGAUUUAGAUGCAUUCACACUUAUGCUUGAGUUGUUGCCUAUAUAAUAGGAUAAACUUCUGAAUAUUAUUGUAGAAGUAUUAAACUAAAAUUGGAAGAAUGUUAUAAUUGCUAAAAGAUUAAAGUUAUACUAUUAUUUGGCUAUCAUUUAAAUGAGAUAAUACUUGUCAUCAGAGUAAAUCACUGAGAAAUUCUGUAAUAUUGAUAACGAGUACAUUUUCACUAAUUUUAAAAAUAUUUUAGUUAAAGUUAAAUUUCAAUAAUCUGAGGAAGUCUGUUAACAAUUGUUUUAAUUAUAUGAAUAACUCAAUUAGUUAGAAGGAUUCUACAGUCUUGAAUUUGAAGCAAUUUAAAGUUAAUUAGCCAUUCUAUUUCUUGAUGAUGUUGAUAUUUUCAAAUAAAUUGUUGGAUUCGCAUUCAAAAUGAUAGAAUAGAAGAUGAGCAAGAAGUGCAGAUACAUGAAUUCCUUUGAUCAUCAAAGUGAAUUGGCAUUUAAAAACUUUAGUAUUAUUUUUGAUUAAAUUUACCAUUCAUUCUUAAAGGCAAAAAAAAAUAAUAUGCAAGAUGCAAAGGAUUAAUCCAGUUAUGUGUUUUUUAUAUAAAUAGCUGAAAUUAUUAAUAAAUUUUUAGUGUGUGAUCACAAUAUUUAGAAACAGGAAGUAGAUAUAUUCAAAAAUAUGGUUAGUUAAAAUAGAUGUGAGUAGUUUAUGAAUUUGAUCAAGCCGAAUCUUAAAUUAAUAUAAAGUAAGUAAAUACUGGAACUAUUCGAUUUUGAAUAUAAUGAAAAGAGUAAUUUGGCGAUUGCUCACUUAUAAUUUCGAUUAAAUUAAGUGUUGUUUAAUUCACUUGCAGGAAUUAUGAGGCAUAAUGAUUUUAAGAUAGAACCUCAAAUGGUUUUAUACUUGGUCUACUCUCAGUAUGAAAUGUGGAAUGCUUUAGAACAAUAGCCUCAAAAUCCAAUCACCCCCUUGCUAGAAUUCUUAAUGGAUAUUUCGAAACUCAGUUCAUAAUACUUACAAUGCAUUUCCCACUUCUUUUACAAAAUCAAAUUGUGUGAUGAAAACACUCUUGUGAUUGAAAAUCUUAUAUCAUUUUUAAAGUAAUUUGACUUCAAAAACCAAGACUUAAUUGUCAAUAUGCUUAUUUCAAUUUGCAAGAAUCUGCCUUAUUAUUAUGACAUGGCUAACUUAUAUCCUGUACUAAUAUAAUAUAUUGAAACUUACUUAAACAAAGUUGAUUUGGAGUUAUGGUUCGACUUUGUGUUUUCAGGAGAAACUAUUAAAAAGUUAAAUGAACAAAAUUAUGGAGCAACAAUGAGUGAUAUCUUGAGCUUACUCUCAAUUCACAGUAUGUUUUAAGAAAAAGUGUUCGAUAAGAUGAUCAAUGGGGAAUAUUUGACUAACUCUUUUGCCACUCUCCAGUAUGACACAACUAAGGAGUAAAGUAUUAAAUUAUCAAAUAUAUUAUACUUGUUGAAUGCCAAAAGCAAUAAGAUCAAGAACCCCAUUUACAGCAAUAAGUAAAAAUUCUUCUAAUUGAUAUAAAAACUGAUAAAUGGCGAAGAGUUCUCAAAUUAACUAUGUAAUACUGUGUUCAAACUUGUAUUUUGGAAUUUCGAUAGUUAUCAUCUCCUCUACACAGAGAACAGUAGUAAUGUUUCUUCAGUUAUGGGAAGAAGUGAAUUUGCAGAAAUAAUUUAAAAAACCCAGAAAUAGUAUUUAGAAAAUAAACAACCCAUUUAACACAUAACAAAUUUAGAAUCACUGGAACUUUUCUUUUUGAUGUUAGGUAAAAAUCAAUCUUAAAGCUAUAUAAUUGAAAUUUUGAAGAUUUUUGAAUCAAUUUUGGAUAAUCAAAACUUAGCUACAUUAUUAGAUUCAAAUAUAAUAUAGAGUUUAUGUAUGUUAUUGUAAAAUACAGACAAGAGAAUUGUAUAGCAAAUAUAUACAAUAAUUAGAACAAUUAUUUAGUAUGAUUUAAGCAAGUCAACAAAAUUGAAGAUUAUUGAUAUAUUAAAACGACAUGAUGAUGCAUCUCAUAUUUUAAUAGAUUAUUUAAAGGAUUUAUUGUAGAACCCAGUGAUAAAAAAUGAUCAUGUGACCUUUUUAAAGAACUUUGACAUUUUAGUAAAGAAUUUUGAGGAGUUGGUUGGUUUCAAUGAAGAAAUAGAUAUUUUACUGUUUCAAAUAAUCAAUUUGAUGGCAUCUAAGAAUUCUCCAGAAAUAAGAUCAGUCUUGAAAUAGUUGAAUCUGUUUGAAUUUAGAGAUAAUUUGGCAUUGCAGAUAAUAAAAUAUAAAAUGGAUCCACAAUAGUUGAUGGAUAUACUAUCGGGAAUUCCAUUUGCGUAAUUGUGUAACAGUAGAAACUUUAAGGAAUCUCAUUGUAUGGCUUAUUUAUUGCAAAGAUUGAUAUAACACAAAGAUCAUUUUGGUUUACCACUUUUAAUAAUUAAAAUUUUAAAAUAUGAUAUAUCAACAAUAGAAGAUAAUAGGAAGUAUGUAAGUAAGCUUCUGUAGAAUGAUUAAUUGAUUAGUUUCUUUUAUCCAUAAAUGUUGAGAAAGUAAAGCAAAAGUUUAAAAUGCUUUGAUUAAGAGGAUCAAAAAAUCUAGAGAUCCAAUUCACCAGAAACGGAUGCAGCAUUUUCUCAAAACAUGACUGUCGAUCAAUUUCUAACUUUAUUUUUCAGUGAUAAAUUGUAGGAUGAGCGAUAGCAAAUUAAAUUAACAUUAGAGAGGGCACUCAUUCCCGUUGAAAGUGAGUACAAGAGAUAGAUAAUGAAGUAUAAUACGAAAAAACAGAGUCGGUUGGCCAAAUUGUCAGAAUAGGAACAGAGUGAUAAUUUAAGAAUUUAAACUUCUAAUAAUGAUUGGGAAUUCAAGAUAUAGUCUCGUUUAAAGAAGAGCAAUGAAAGAUCAAAAUUGAGGAGCCAGAAACAAUAGGAAUAAUUUGAAUAGGUGCUGGCUGAUGGAGAGAACUAAUGGUUUAAAUUGUGCUUAGGAUAAUGA